CGCCCAGACUCUCCUCAAGGAGGCUGAGCCACACAGGGCAAGAGAGCUAAGCACAGGUGCAGUAGGCUCAGGGCCUGCAGAGAAGGUUCUGGCGUGGCCCUGGACACUUCCUUCCUGUAUAACAUAGGAUUCCUGCCUGCUCUGCCCCCACCCUACCUCUGUGCCACCUCUGCUCUGGGAAGAUGUGGCCUGUGCUUGGCUGUAGAUUCCCAAGGCUUGAAGCAGCAAGGGCUUCCGAGGAGAGGGCUCUGGGGUGGAAGCAGAGACCAGAAGUAAGUGGCUAAGGUAGUGUGGAGUUGGAGCGACCUGAGGCUGUCAGAGGGGCCACACAGAGCUGGGGGACAGCUGAGCUCUGCCCAUGAAGUAGGCUGAAGCAGGACAUGAUAAGGACCAAACAGUGAAUGUGGUGGGAAGGAGCAGGGUUUGGGAGCCAGGAAGAGUGGAGUGGUCAGGGAAGGCCCAGCCCCUUGCCGAUUCCCAGGAUACCCCUAGCCUACCCUAGGGGACACAGACAGAGGCACCCGACCCCUGGUGGCAGCUGCAGCAGGCGCAGGAGGGCAGCAUGCAGCUGGGGUGUGCGUGGGUGGAAGCGAGGAGGGGCGGAGGGAGGAAGCUGGCUUCCUGAAGCCUUCUCAGCCCUCAAAGACCGACAGACAGACAGACAGCUGGCAAGGAGCAGCCUGGGACACAGCUGCUUCAGCAAACAGCAUGGCUGAGUGAGCUGCCCCUGGGCCAGCACCCACCCCAGCAUGGUCCAGGCCUUUGGGGGGUGCUCCUUACAACAGUCGACAGCUUUAUCUCUGGGGGCAGCCAUGACCCAGCCUCCGCCCACCAAAGCACCACCCAAGAAGCAUGUGCGGCUGCAGGAGAGGCGGGGCUCCAACGUGGCUCUGAUGCUGGAUGUGAGGUCCCUGGGCACCGUGGAACCCAUCUGUUCAGUGAACACACCCCGUGAGGUCACCCUACAUUUUCUGCGCACAGCUGGACGUCCCCUUACCUGCUGGGCCCUGCGGCAUCAGCCCCCCAGCCCCAAGCAGCUGGAGGAGGAAUUCUUGAUCCCCUCAAACUUUGUCAGCCCAGAAGACUUGGAUAUCCCUGGCCAUGCCUCCAAAGACCGAUACAAGACCAUCUUACCAAAUCCCCAGAGCCGCGUCUGUCUUGGUCGGGCACAGAGCCAGGAAGAUGGUGACUACAUCAAUGCCAACUAUAUCCGAGGCUAUGAUGGGCAGGAGAAGGUCUACAUUGCAACCCAGGGCCCCAUGCCCAACACCAUGUCGGACUUCUGGGAGAUGGUGUGGCAGGAAGAUGUGUGCCUCAUUGUCAUGCUCACGCAGCUCCGAGAGGGCAAGGAGAAAUGUGUCCACUACUGGCCCACAGAAGAGGAAACUUAUGGACCCUUCCGGAUCCGUGUCCAGGACACGAAAGAGCGCCCAGAAUACACUGUGCGGCAGCUCACCAUCCAGCACCAGGAAGAAUGCCGCUCAGUAAAGCACAUCCUCUUCUCGGCCUGGCCUGACCACCAGACCCCGGAGUCGGCUGGGCCCCUGCUGCGACUGGUGGCUGAAGUGGACGAAAGCCCGGAGACAGCCGCUAACACUGGGCCCAUCGUGGUCCACUGUAGUGCAGGGAUUGGCCGGACCGGAUGUUUCAUCGCCACCCGGAUUGGCUGCCAGCAGUUGAAGGCCCAAGGGGAAGUGGACAUCCUGGGCAUCGUGUGCCAACUGCGGUUAGACAGAGGAGGGAUGAUCCAGACCUCAGAGCAGUACCAGUUCCUGCACCACACCUUGGCCCUGUAUGCAGCCCAGCUGCCUCAGGAGCCCCGUGCCUGACUGCUGAGCCCUCCCCGAGCCUGGCUGCCAGCCUCCUUUCAGGCCUGGGGAAGUGAGUCUGGGCAAGUGGGCUGCGUGACCUGGGUGUCCCAGCCCCCAUAGGCAUGGAGAAGGGGAGCUUCAUGGACAGCAAUUACAGGCCCAGGAUGCUGGGGCAGGAGCCAGGCUCCUGAUCUCCCCACUGCCCACACCUCUGCUUCCUCUUGCGGCCCCAGAGGGACAGCACAGGGAGCCUCCUAUGCCUGAACUCAAAGACAGCAGCUGGCACUUGGCACAGGCUGAGAAAGAAGCCCAGGUGCUCUGAUCUCAUUGUGACCUCCAAUUUCCUCAUCUACAACAUGGACACAAGUGUUUUGCUGCCACAAGGAAAAGCUCCUAAAAGUCAUCCCAGCUCUGUCCUCUCCUCCUUGGCUGGCAGGGGAGUGGCCUCAAGCUCAUUCUCCAUCAGGUCCUACCCAAACAUAGGCUAGAUGCAAGAGUGGGGAAAAGGCUGGUCCUGACCCGUCAGAUUCUUAACAUCAUAGCAACUCUGCCCCAUACAUCUGUGAUUGCCGGAUGACCCCCCAAAAAAGAACCAAGACCCAGACUGGCCUUGCUUCCACAGUUGUGUCAGGAGAGGAGAUGGGAGGGAACAGGCCUGGCCAUAGAAAUCUCUAAGAGAGGGAACACAUGGGAAUUAUUCAGAGGCCAGGACAGUUGCCCCUGGGAAGGGAGAGGAGCAUGCUCCACUUAGCUUUCAUGACUUAAGAAGAUACCUCCCAGUCUCCAGGCAGUGCCAAAGAUAAAGAAGAGGAGACAGAGUUUGAGAAAAUCCACCCCUGCCAUAUAAUCCUAACUCCCCUCGUCAUCUCCCCUCACUCCCAGGGGAUCUCAGAUCUAUCUCAGGGCUAACUACACCCCACAGGAAACCACCCAAGCCCUCAGUCCUCCUCAGUCCCAGAGGGGAUGCUUCUGGGAAUACAGGUAAAGCACCAGUCCUCCUGGCCCUCAGCCAAACAUCUGCCUUGCCCUGGAUUGCCACUCUGUGGAACUCUGGUCUUGGAGAGUGACCGGGCUCUCUCUUCCUGAAUCUCUUCUGAAGGAUACUUGGUGCUGCCACUGAGGUUAAUUCUCUGGAUGCUUCUUCUUGGCCUUACUGAGGAACUUCCAUCCUAUGGUCCUGGGAUGGCUUCCCUGAACCUUUGUCUGCCUAAGUCUGUGACAGGCACUACUGUCUGUGCUCCUGCGCUAGGUGGAGGUGCUCAAGUGCCUGAUCUUGCCUGAUCACACCCAGUCAGCAGGGAGGCAACUAUAUCACCUGAGGGGCAUGCCACCCAGCAAUGUCACCACUGUUGCAGAGCUCAGAGGAUACAAACUCUGGAAAAGUAACCAAGUGGAAAAAAUAAAGACUUCCUGGAUGACUGGCUCAUUCCUUCUUUCCUUCUUCUCAGCCCUCUGGAUCUCUGCAGAAAGGAAGAUCCACUAUCCAGGAGCAGGCUGCAGUCUUUCCCCUGGGGAUAUGCUGCUUUCUAGCAGUUUUGAGGAUAUAAAGCAAAAUGAAACUGGAGUCAGUUCAGCGAGUGAGACAGAGGUGUGCUAGCCUAGCCUGUCCAGGCUGCUGUAACAAAACAGCCCAAACUGAGUGACUUACAAGCAAUGCAGAUUUGUUUCUCACAAUGCUGAAGACUGGAGGAAACUCAAAGAUCAAGGUACCUACGGAUACAGAGUCAAUGUCUGCUCAGUUGGAGACUGGCUCACAGGCGAGGUUCUGAACUCUGGACUCUCUCUUCCCUUCUGUCUCCUCGCUUUUAUAAGGACAUUAAUCUUAAUCAAUAGGGCUCCACCCUCUCUACCUAGUCACCUUCCAAAGGCCCCACCUCCUAAUACUAUCACUUUGGAGAUGAAAAUUUCAACACUUAAAUUUUGGAAAGACAAAUAUUCAGACACUCGGACACAGCAUGCAUGCCUUAGAAGCUAGGGAAGAACUUACAAAGGGCAUAAAACUAGACAGACUGUUUAAUAAACCAGAAUAUUAUUCUAGUGCAAAA